GACCCAACUAAGCCUUAUUGCUAGAUAGCAUAGCUAGAGAAAGAGGACCUUAUUCUCCUUCCAUAGAGAGAAAAAGAAAAAGUCUUUCCUCUUCUUCCAAUUGUCUACCUUGGGGUGUCUUCUUAGGUGGUUGGGCUGAAAGGGAAAUUUGCAGAUCUCAUUCAUAUGAAGAGAUCUUUCAGUCUGGUGGAUGUGCUACUGGUACUUGCAUUUUGCGGUCAUAUUGCAUGGACUGUCAAGGCCAGCUCACAAUGCAAACAGGCUCUCUCACGGGAGAUUCGGCCCCACAGUGUCGCUAUUACCGAAUUUGGUGCAGUCGGAGAUGGUGUCACUCUCAAUACCAAAGCAUUUCAGAAUGCCAUCUUCUACCUCAAUUCAUUUUCUGACAAAGGUGGGGCCAAACUUUUUGUCCCAGCUGGCCGGUGGUUGACAGGAAGCUUUGAUCUCAUCAGUCACCUAACUUUGUGGUUAGAUAAGGAUGCAGUGAUUCUUGGAUCAGAUAAUCCUGAUGAUUGGCCAGUUGUUGAUCCUCUGCCUUCCUAUGGCCGAGGUGUGGAGUUACCUGGUGGAAGGCAUCGAAGCCUUAUAUAUGGUCGCAAUUUGACUGAUGUAAUCAUAACAGGAGAUAAUGGAACUAUUGAUGGACAAGGCAGUGUUUGGUGGAACUGGUUUAAGCGUAAAACUCUGGACUAUACUCGGCCCCAUCUGGUGGAGUUGAUGAACUCAACUGGGGUUGUCAUCUCAAACUUGACUUUCUCGAACUCUCCCUUUUGGACCAUCCACCCAGUCUACUGCAGCCAUGUUAUAGUCCAGAAUGUCACAAUCCUGGCUCCUCUGGAUUCACCAAACACUGAUGGAAUCAAUCCAGAUUCUUCGAAUGAUGUUUGCAUAGAAGACUGUUAUAUUAGCACCGGUGAUGAUCUAAUUGCCAUCAAAAGUGGGUGGGAUGAGUAUGGCAUUUCAUUUGCUCGCCCCAGCACAAAUAUUAUAAUCCGCCGGCUUAUUGGACACAAUCGAAAUGGCUCUGGGAUAGCAAUUGGAAGUGAAAUGUCAGGAGGUGUUUCAGAAGUUUAUGCAGAAAACCUGUAUUUUUUUGAUUCAAGCACGGCUAUCACUAUAAAGACUGCUCGUGGAAGGGGUGGAUACGUGAGAAAUAUCUAUAUAUUAAAUGUUACCUUGGUUGGUGUAGACACAGCUAUAAGGUUCGAUAGUACUUUCUCUCCGCAUCCGGAUGACUUUUACGAUCCAAAUGCUCUCCCUGUGAUAGAAAGGAUUACAAUUAAAGAUGUCAUCGGAAAUAACAUAAAAGUUGCAGGCCUCCUCGAAGGCAUAGAAGGGGACACUUUUCAUCAUGUUUGCUUAUUAAACAUUGCUUUGACUGUAACGUCAGGGUCUCCAUGGAACUGCUCAUAUAUUCAAGGAUACUCUGCCAUGGUUUCCCCAGAAACUUGUGAACCUCUCAAGGAAAGUAUCUACCCCAACCAUUCUUCAGAUUGUUACCAUCUAUCCAAUCAUUUGCGGAGUUCAGGUAAUCAAAACAAAGGUUCUUGGUUACAUUCUUGGUAAAUAGCGGGUAACAUAUCAUUCGUUUUACCCUGAAAUCCACCCUUUGUCAUGAUUUUUUUUUCCAAGUGGGAAUUUUGAUUCUUGCCAUUUCCCAAGCACAACAGCAGCCUCAUCACCAAUGAUGCCUGGCAUUAAGGAGUUGAUUUGAGUAGCGGUAUAUGUGGUUGUUGACUUGUGAGAAGAUGUUUUUGAGAGUUUUAUUUUAUUUUAUUUUUUGUAAUUUUGUGUGCAGUAACAAAUAAUUGAGUGAUUUGUCAGAAAAAUGAAAAUAGAGGAGUUUGUAUUUGAACGGCUUUCUUUUUUCUUUCUUUUUUAUGGUUUGUUAUAGUCGGAAAUGCCAACAGAUUAAAUCUGGGCAUGUUACCUAGAGAAAAUGUUAUUUGAAAGCUAAAUGAAAAAUAGACACACACACAAGUUUUACCUA